UCCGAGCGCCGGUGACUUUCAAGUUCACAAUGUUGUUCCGGAUAUUACUGUAAGGAGUUUGAGAUCCAGUGCUGUGAAGGCGGCUGGGGAUUAACUGGUGCAGGUAUAUGAUCAGCACGUCAAUAGUACUGGAAACUAGAAGCACGCACUCACCCUGGGUGUAAAGGUCGGCAUCAGUGAGGCCAGCGCGUCCUGACAGCUGCCUAUGAGGGAGAAUCUGCUGGCUGACAUGAAACCUCACCUGCUUUAUCACAAGCUCCCACAAGACACGAGUGCAGUAACUUGCCAGACAUCCAAAUCUCCUCAGGUAUGUUUUUACAAGUGGGCACUGCUGAUCACUGGAAUUGUCGUUCUGCUCCUUUUGAUACUACUUACUCAACUGCUGCUGCUACCCCUACUCCUUGUACCUGUUGACUACCACAACAAUGCACUGUUGUUCCAGACAGAAUCCUGCUCUGACUCUUGCAGGGCUGUUUUGGUGGAGAGCAUCCCCCAGGGUCUUAGCUUCAAUUCCAGCAUGCCCAGUCCUGCCAUUGCAGAUGUUUGGACAAACAUGAUUGUUGAGGCUAAGCACAGUCUGGACAUUGCCUCCUUUUACUGGACAAUGACCAAUGAAGACACAAACACUAGUGAGCCAACGGCACAGACGGGUGAACAAAUAUUGCAGGAGCUAAUUAAGCUACCCAAAACAGGUGUCUCAGUACGCAUUGCAGUGGACAGUUCACAGUCAUUCAAGUCCCAAAAAGAUUUACAAGCUCUGAAAGAUGGAGGGGUUUUAGUACGUGAAGUCAACAUGCUGAAGCUGACCAAAGGGGUUUUACAUACCAAGUUCUGGGUGGUAGACAAGACUCACCUCUUCAUUGGCAGUGCCAACAUGGAUUGGCGUUCACUUACUCAGGUGAAGGAACUGGGAUUAGCUAUGUAUAACUGUAGCUGUCUAGCACAGGAUCUUGAGAAGAUCUUUGAGAUGUACUGGUUUCUCGGACAGCCUGAUGCUGUUAUACCACACCACUGGCCUAGCAAUUACUCAACAGCCUACAACCAGGACACUCCUCUCAGCAUAUUGGUCAAUGGAACCUCAUCCAGAAUCUACCUCUCAAGCGCCCCCCCAGCUUUGUGUCCAGAUGGUCGGACUCAGGAUCUGCAGGCCAUUUUGAGUAUCAUUGAAGAUGCAGAAGAAUUUGUCUACAUUGCAGUGAUGAACUUUUUGCCAGUUAUGGAGUUCUCACACCAUAAAAGGUAUUGGUCAGACAUUGAUUCCCAGCUGCGCCGAAUUGCCUAUGAGCGCAAGAUUAAAGUUCGCCUUCUUAUCAGCUGUUGGCCGCACUCUGAGCCUGUCAUGUUCACCUUUCUACGCUCACUAGCUGCCAUUAAUGACCAUAAAAGCAAGUUGGACAUUGAAGUGAAGCUUUUUGUGGUUCCAGCCACAGAAGAACAAAAGAAGAUACCCUAUGCCAGGGUAAACCACAACAAGUACAUGGUGACAGACCAAGUUGCAUAUAUAGGUACUUCAAACUGGUCAGGAGAUUACUUUGUAAACACAGCUGGUUCAGCUGUGGUGAUGAACCAGACUGUGUCCCAGAAUGGUGAUGAUGCUACUCUUCAGCAACAGCUACACGCCAUCUUCGAGAGAGACUGGAAUUCCUCAUACAGUAUCCCAUUGACUAAUAUGGCACUGGUAGAUAAAAUUUGCCAGUUAGAAUGAGCAGAGUUGGAAUUGACUGUUUUGACUUGCAAAUGAUUGAUUUGAGUUAUAAUACUGGGAUGAAGGUUGCCAGGUGGAAGAAGGAUUCCAGAAGUGCCUUCUGCUGUGGUGAUGCUUUUAGGUCCACUUGAGUAGAAUGUGAGCAGCAGUGUAGGCAGUAGCCUUUUCAAAUUACUAGGGUUGUUGUGUUUUGCAUGUAAUUAUGGGCAGAUGGUUAACAGAAUACUGAUAACAAUGAUGAGUUUUCUCGGGUGGAGUUUCUCAUAGCCAAACAAUUGAAAUGCAUUUGAUAUAGAGCUAUUCAUAAUGUGUCAUGAUAUUUUUACAGUAAUAAAAAAACAAACAUUUGAACAGUAUUACACAUGCUGUAAUAUGAUAUAAUGCAAUAUAAAUUCAUGCUUAGGGAAACAAAGGAAAACUGAAGAAAAAAAAAUAUUUUAAGGUACAGAAAUUACAGACCUCUUAUGCGUAAGGCAAGAAGCAAGCAAUGAUGUAGUAAGUUUUUCCCCUACAACCAUAAUUAAACAAAGGUAAAGACUUUGAUAUGGUGUCUUUACUCUGUUUUAUUUGCUAAGUGCAAUCACUACUUUAAAUUUUAAAUUAAUCCUUUAAAUUUGUAUUUGUGCUUGUUCUCACAGUACCAAGUAAACAGAAUGUACAAAAUUAAAAUGAUAAUGCCAUUCUAUCUGUCUAAAAUGGUAGUAUGGCCUGGAGCUGAUGGAAUCUUGCAUUAUGGCUCAGUCUUUAUUACGGUUUUACCCCUUUGUUGUAAUUUGCUUGGGUGAAGAGGCUUUCCAAGUCAUUUGUGUUUAAUGCAGGGAGUGGGAUAUGGUGUGUCGAUAUGUGUUUAGGCGAUCACAUCAGACCCGACUAAACAUUUCACUGAUUUGCAAACCUGUUUAUCCAACACAGAGUCUUAAAGGCUGGAUUCUGUUCCUGUCGCACCUGGCACAAGUCAGAAGCCAGUCGGGAAUGGAGGUGUCGGUAUGUUGCAGGGCACAUUCAUGCAUACGCUUGCUUUCUCUCAUUUAGGGCCAUUUUGAAAUCACUACUGGAACUAACAUAGAUGUAUUUGGGUUGUGGCAGGAAAGUCCAAACAGACAUGGGAAUAACAUUCAAACUGCACACAGAGCAAGAAUUGAGCGCUGAGUAUUGGAGCUAUGAGGAAGCAGUAGUCAACCCUGCUACCCCUGAUGAACUUAUGCCAUUCUCAAAUCUACUUCUUUUCAAUUCAAGGCCAUGAAGGGGCCAAAGCCCAGACCAGCAGGAGCCAGUUCUGAACAGGGGACCAGACUGUGAUGGGGCCCACUGACACACACGCCGACACAAGGCUAACUUGCACAUCUUUGGGAAUAAGUGAGAGAAAGUGCAUUCAGACAUGGGAAGGACAUGUAACCUCCACCCAGACAAUGACCAGGUAUUUCUUGAUUUUAAGGCUAAGGGUGUAUACUCGGUUGACGUGGAUGCGUCUCAGGCCAUCAGCAUUGCUGUGUGUACGUAAUACUUUUUGUUUACUGUAGUUUAUAAGUAAAAUGCUUUUUUUUGCAUAUCAUUAUAUUUGAGUUGUUCUGUGUAUAUUGGAAAAAUAAACGCACUAUCUACCAUC